AUGGACGCCUACAGCUUUCUCAAGCCCGCAGACCAAAAGGACGGAUUCUGGGGACCAGUCACUUCCACGAUCGACUGGUGCGAGCUCAACUACACGCACAGCCACUACGUCGCCGAGUGGUUCAACACGCUCUCAUGCGUGCCGCCCAUCCUGUGGUCGGUCUACUCGGCCGCACAGGGGUAUCGCGCCGGCGCGCCGACGAGUGUCGUGCUCCUGCCGCUGUGGACGGCGGUGGUGUUUGCCGGCAGUAUCGCGUUCCACGGGACGCUGUUGUGGGAGACGCAGCUGAUGGAUGAGCUGCCGAUGCUCUGGCAAAUGUCGUAUGCCAUCUACGCCAUCUUCGACCUCGGCCGGCUGCCGGGCGCGCCGUUCCUCCUCGCGGCGUGGGACGUGGCCAUCGCGGUGGGGUACGUCCUCUUCCCCUACCCCGUCGGCUUCCAAGUCGGCUACUUUAUCAUGUUCUGGACGCAGUACCUGCGCACGAUCGUGCUGUUGCGCCGCUAUCCCAAGGACCACCCGGCGCGCGAGCAGCUCUGGUUCUCGUACUUUGGCAACGCGUUGUGCUUGGUGGCAUUUGCGAUCUGGAACGUCGACAGCCAGUUCUGUCCGAGCUUGCGCGAGCUGCGCAGGUGGGUGGGUGCCAAUGGCUUGGGGUGGCUGGGCUUCCUUUCCGAGGGCCACGCAUGGUGGCACUUGCUUAUGGGAUACGGGUCGUACCUCGUCGGCGUGGCCUUGGUCCAGGCCGUUCUCAUCGUCCAGAGGCCAAACGAGUCGUGGCGCUGCGAUGCCAAGGCCUGGUUCCCGCUCUACUAUCGCGUGGACAAGGACAAGAAGAAGGAGUAG